CAAGACAGACAGACAGACAGACAGAGAGAGACACAGGUAGUGAGGACAGGUGAGGCAAGUGGCCAAAGGUGGAUGCAGAGGACAGUUUGAGCCAUGACGAGCAGAAAAAUGUCAUUUUUUGAGUUUUGGAGGAGCAGAAAGGAGAGAGGGGCCCUUCUGGAAGCAGCCAAUCAGCUGAGACUUCAUCCUUCACAGUUGAGACGGUUGCUCGAGGACAGUGGAGUUCGGGCAGCGCUACAGAACACCAGGAUGGCGUCUCUGCUGCCCCCUGUUGGUACUGAAGUCUUCAGGCGCUUCAUGCCAGCCUCACUGGGGGAGAUCCAACAAAGACAUGAGGCAGAGGAGGAGCGAGAGAACAGGAAGAAGAACAAAGAGGUAUCAAAGAAAGAUGGGCCCAAACCAGCCAGUGAGCUGGAGGCUGGGAAGCCCCUCCCGUUCUUCUAUGGAGAUCCACCGUCUAAGCUUCUCAACACCCCAUUGGAGGAGCUGGAUCCCUACUACCAGUCACAGAAGACGUUCAUCACGCUCAGUAGAGGAAACAUCAUCCAGAGGUUUAAUGCCGAGCCGGCCUGUUGCCUGCUGAGUCCAUUCAGCCCGCUGAGGAACCUCGCCAUCAACAUCCUCAAUCACUCUUUAUUCAGUUUGUUCAUCACGGUGACGAUCCUGAUCAACUGUGUGUUCAUGACGAUGAGUGAUCCUCCAGCAUGGAGCCGGGCUGUGGAAUACGUGUUCACCGCCAUCUACACGUUUGAAACCGUCAUAAAGGUUGUGUGCAGAGGCCUCUGCGUCGGAAACUUCACCUUCCUCAGAGACCCUUGGAACUGGCUGGACAUCAUCGUCAUCAGCACGGCAUAUCUGGCAGAGUUUGUAGAUUUUGGGAAAUGUUCUGUGCUGAUUACAGUUCCUCGAGUACUGAAGCUCAUCACCGUCAUCCCAGGUCUGAGGAUGACUGUUGGAGCUCUCGUCCAAUCAGCGAAGAGGCUUGCUGGUAUCAUCGUCCUGAUGGUGUUCUGUCUCAGCGUCUUUGCUCUUAUUAGUUUGCAGCUCUUCAUGGGAAGUCUGAGGCAGAAAUGCAUCAUAAUGCCCCCAUGGAUGGGCAACCUGUCCUCCAACCUUGAUUACUAUGACUACGAAAAUGGACAUGCUGCCUUUGAUUUCGAUGAGUACAAAAACAGCUCAGUAAACCAAUACUUCCUACCUGGUCAACUUGAUGCUCUGCUGUGUGGAAACAGUUCUAAUGCUGGGUCCUGUCCGGAGGGCUACGUCUGUAUGAAAGGGGGAGCAAACCCCAACUACGGCUUCACCAACUACGACUCGUUUGGUUGGACUCUGCUGUCUCUGUUUAGACUGAUGACUCAGGACUUCUGGGAAAACUUGGUGAUGUUGACGUUACGAGCAAACGGUACAAACUACCUGAUCUUCUUCAUGCUCGUCGUCUUCCCCGGCUGUUUCUGCAUCCUCAGCCUUUUUCUGGCAGUGGUUGCCAUGGCGUCCAGUGAGUGGGAGGAGGCCAGCAUCGCCGAGGCCAAACAGAAAGAAGGAGAGUUCAGACAGAUCCUGCAGGUGCUGAAGACAAGAGAGGAAGAAGAGCAGGGAGCUGGCAGGGCAGAGGUCUCAGAGAAACAAGCUACAGAGUCUGGGGAGGACCAGAGGUCGCGUCCACAAUGUUGCUCCACCUUCACCGACCUCUUCCUGAAGUGGAGGUGUUGUGGCUGCUGCCGGUGGCUCAAACAGCGGCUCAGCCCUUUCGUCAUGAGCCCGUUCUUCGACCUUGGAAUCGUCAUCUGCCUCAUCAGCAACACCAUCUUCAUUGCCAUGGAGCAUUAUCCGAUGACCAUGGAGUUUGAAGAACUGCUGUCUAUCGCCGACCUGGUCUUCACAGCGAUCUUCACCGCUGAGAUGGUCCUCAGACUGGUUGCCAUGGAGCCAUACGGCUACUUCCAGGUGGGCUGGCACAUCUUUGACAGCAUCAUUGUUGCCACCAGUCUGGUGGGGCUGGCAUUGGCUGAUAUUGAGGGCCUGAGUUUUCUGCGCUUCUUCCAAUUGAUGCGAGUGUUCAGGCUGGCCAGAUGGUGGCCGUCCUUCCACAUGUGGAUAAAGAUAAUCUGGACCUCGUUGAGAUCAUUGAGGAACCUGAUUCUCCUUCUGCUCAUCAUGGUCUUCAUCUUCAGCGUGGCCGGCAUGCAGCUGUUCGGGAAGGACUAUAAAGAAUGCGUCUGUCGCAUCGCACAUGACUGCGAGCUUCCUCGCUGGCACAUGCACGAUUUCUUCAACGCCUUCCUCUCGAUCAUCAGGGCGCUUUGUGGACAGUGGAUCGAGAUCCUGUGGGACUGCAUGGAGGUCUCAGGUCAGGCCACGUGUCUGAUCUUCUUCGUGAUGUUCGUGGUCAUCGGAAACUUUCUGGUCUUGAAUCUGUUCCUGACCGUGUUGCUGAGUUCCUUCACUAGUGAUAGUCUGGUGGCUCCAGAAAAAAAUGAAAAAAACACAUUGCACAUCGCCGUAAGCCGGAUCAGCAGGGCUGUCAUGAAGACCGGUAUGCUGGAACAUAUCUUCGUCUCCCUGGGAAAGAAGAACCACGCCAACCCCGACCACACAGUGGUUGACAGUCUGCACGAGUACAGGAAGGACAACAUGACCUUGAACCUUCUGACUGCAGACCAGAGUGUCCCCAAGGCUGAGAUCGAGAUUGAAUUGAAGAUGCCUGAAAAUGAAGGAGAGAAAAAAAAACGUUGUGAAGGCCAGCAGGACGCAGACUGCAAAGAUCAGAAAGGAAACACACCUGAGAACUGCUGCGCCGACAAGUGUUACCGUUGCUGUCCCUUCCUGGAUGUAGACACGUCCCGCGGCGGAGGGAGGUUCUGGUCUAACUUCAGGAAGACCUGUUUCCUCAUCGUACAACACAAAUACUUUGAGCUCUUCAUCAUCUUCAUCAUCCUGCUGAGCAGCGUGGCUCUGGUGUUUGAGGAUAUUCACCUGCAGCAGCGUCAGGUCUUAAAGGUAGUUGUGGAGACAGCAGACCAGGUGUUCACCUACCUGUUCCUGUUGGAGAUGCUUCUGAAGUGGAUCGGCUACGGACUCAAGAAAUACUUCACUGACGCCUGGUGCUGGCUUGACUUCCUCAUCUUAGAUGUGUUUCUGGUGUCUCUCAUGGCCAACAUGUUGGGAUUCUCUGAACUAGGAGCCAUCCAGUCUUUGAGGACUCUCAGAGCUCUGGGGCCCCUGAGGGCCCUGUCUCGCUUCAAGGGCCCAAGGGUGGUGGUGGAGGUUCUGGUCCUUUCCAUCCCUUUCAUCAUUGACGCAGUGCUGGUGCUUCAGAUGGUCUGGUUGAUCUUCAGCGUUCUGGGUGUGAAUCUGUUUGCUGGAAAGUUUUAUUACUGUUUUAAUGAGACGUCAGAGGAACUAUUCUCAGUUGGACAGGUGGCCAACAAGAGCGAAUGUGCCCAUCUGAUAAUGGAAAACUACACUGAGGUCAGGUGGAAGAACCUGAUGAUCAACUACGACAACGUGCACAAUGGUUUCCAGUCGUUGCUGCAGCUGGCAGCAUCACCAGACAUCAUGGACCUCAGGUAUGCAGCUGUGGACUCCAGAGAGGUGGAGUCUCAGCCCGUCUAUGAGUCCAACCAGUACAUGAGCCUGUACUUCAUCUGCUUCAGCAUCAGCUCCUUCUUCAGCUUAAACUUCUUUAUCAGAGCCAUCAUCAACAGCCUGCAGAGACACAAGUUUGGAGGGAAAUAUGUCUUCAUGACAGAGGAGCAGCAGAAAAGUUCCAAGGCCAUGAAGACAAGGUUCUUCAAGAAACCUCAGACACCUGUUCCCCGACCUAAGAAUCAGUGCCAGGCUUGGCUCUUUGAUCUGGUGACCAAACCCCACUUUGAAGUCUUCAUGGUGGUGAUGAUCUGCCUGAACAUGGUGCCUCUGAUGGUGGAGACUUAUCAUCAGAGCAUCGAGAAAGAAGAAGCCCUGUACUGGUGCAAUUUCCUCUUCAUUGUCAUCUUCUUCAUCGAGUUCAUUCUGAAGAUCACCGCGUUCGGAUGGCGGUACUUCACCGAUCGAUGGAACAUCCUCGACUUCUUGGUGAUCGCCACCUCCAUCGUGGGCAUGUUCGUGGCUGACCUGAUGAUGAUGUACCUGUAUCUCGUGCCUGUUCUCUGUCCUGUUUUCCGAUUGGCUCGUAUCGUUCGCAUCCUCUAUCUCAGUCGUUGUACCAGGGGUAUCCGGAAGCUGCUUGUGGCCUUUAUGAUGUCACUUCCUGCCCUCUUCAACAUUGGCCUCCUCUUCUUCCUCAUCAUGUUCACCUUCUCCAUCCUCGGCAUGUUUAACUUUGCCUACGUGAAGCCGGGGGCCGCAAUCGAUGACUUGUUUAACUUUGAGACGUUUUGGAGCAGCAUGGUCUGUAUGUUUAUGACCAGUACGUCAGCUGGGUGGUUCGGUUUGCUGUAUCCCAUCUUGAAUACGCCGCCGGACUGCGACCCCUACGCAGAGCACCCAGGACUGGCGGUCAGAGGGGACUGCAGCAGCCCAGUAACGGGCAUCAUCUUCUUCACCACCUACGUACUCCUGUCCUUCCUGCUAGUGCUCCACCUAUAUAUUGUCGUCUUCCUGCAGACCUUCAACUCAGAGGACAUUGAGGAGCUGUGUGAUGAUGACCUCCAGAGGUUUUAUAAAACCUGGAGGAAGUUUGACCCUGACAGCUCGCAAUUCAUAGAGUACAGCAAGCUGUCAGAUUUCUGCAACGCUCUACAGGAUCCUCUGAGGAUUCCCAAACCAAACACCAUCAAAUUGAUCCAAAUGGAUCUGCCUCUGUUUCCUGGAGACAAAAUCCACUGUGUGGAUGUCUUUCUCACACUCGCUGCACAGGUGUUGGAUGAUUCUGAAAAGAUGGGCACUCUUAAAGCCAGAAUGGAGGAAAUGUUGAAGGCCAGCUCGUCCAAGGGGUCGCAUGAACCAAUCAGCAGCACCCUGCGGAGGAAACAAGAAGAGGUGGCAGCGAAGGUGAUCCAGAGAGCGUACAGGAAGCACCUGCAGCCCGGAGACACCAAGGAGACGGCGGUCCAGUCUGUGGACGGUGGCGGUGGUGUUUCAGACUCCUCCCGCCUCUGUGGUGCAUUAGAGUGAGUUUCUCCUCUGUGCUGGUCUUCCCCUCAACACCCCCGACUUCCUGUCAGAUGAGAACCUGAGAGAGUCUGUCAUCUGAUGACAUGUUUCUCCUGCUUCUUCCUCCCUUCCUCUGCACUGAGGGAACUCACCUGUGGACUCACCUGCCUGCUAACUGCAGCAGGUGAACUGAGCACAGCAGCAUAAUAGAACUACUAAUCCAGGUUAUUAGCAACACGUAUAUAUCUCUUGUUUACACCAUGUUAUCAGUGAUUUGUGAUAGUAGGUUAUUAAUGCCAGUACAGGUGAAACUUUUCAUUUAAGAGUCUCAGAUAAACUUUGGAUGAGAUUUAAGAUGCAUUUCUGCAUCUCUGUUGAUCCGAUCAUAAAUCUGAUUACAAUCCUUGGUUGUUUUUUGGGCUUUGUGAAAAUCAGGGUCAUUCUCCUCCAGUCAAGAAAUGGGUGGUGACUGCUUCCUGGACACAUUUACACCACUGAUAACAUAACCAGACUAAAAGUCUCCAGUCAUGCCAGCAGCUCAGUGAGGCACCACUGAGACUCAGCAGUGCUUUGAGCUAAAUGCUAACAUCAACAUGCUAACACAGUGACAGUGCUAACGAUGUUGUGCAGGUAUAAUGUUUACCAUGUUUACCAUCUUCAUUUAGCUAUUUAGCAAUAACCACAAAGUCCAAGGCUGAUGUCAAUACUUCUGUAGGUAUCAGAUACUUUAAAAGUGUCAACUGACCAGAUGAUGGCGCCACAUGAAAAGUCAGAGGAUCACCAAAGUUAUUACAACUCGACCUGAGGAGAACAUGAAUGUCUGAACCACAUUUCACCACAAUCAUUCAACAGCUGUUGACAUAUUUUAGUCUGAACCCAAGUGGAGGACAAACAAAACUGGCAUUAACAUCCACAGAGAUAAACGGCUAAUGUGGCUGAAAACAAAUCCAGAUCCAAAAUAUAUUUUAGUGACAAAACCUUUUUCAGCCAAACGUUUUAUCUGAUUACAUUUCAUUUGUCGGACGAAGUUUGUCUCACUCCAAACGGAUAAAUCAGACACGUCAGUCGUCAAUGCUAAUAACAUACCAUAUGCCGUCUCAAUGCAGCUGUUUUCUCAUAAUACAGGGAUUUUAUCCUCAAAAUAUUUAGACUUUAUUCUAGAACUGUUACAGUUUUAUUCUGGAAAUGUUACAACUUUAUUCAGGAACUAUAAUAGAAUUUUUAACAUUAGUAUAGGUAACAUUAGCAAGCAACAUUAGCUUCGAAAAAGUAACAUUAGCCUGAAGAAAAAGAAAUGUUAGUAUGUAUGAAUUUCCUGCGGCAGUGUUCUUCAUCUCACAUCCAUCCCUUAAUGUGAGCACAUGAGUUCAGGCGGUCAGAUGGAAUAUUUCAGCCAUGACUUACUAUAAGUGGUCGUGUUGAUUUGAUUGUGUCGUAGUAGGUUCCAGCUAACAUCUUAGCUCAACACAUUCUGUUGUUUUUACCCACUGUUGAAUGACCUGGAUGUUGCUUUUGUUGCUGAUGGUGUUGAUGGUUCAAUGAUGACGAAUUAGAAAAUCAUUUAUAUGAAAGUUCUACACGACUGAAAAUGUUUCAAAGCGACAAAACAAAUCACUCAUGAUUCAUCUCCAUGUUAUUAUUUCUACAUUUCACUCACAGUUGAAGACUAUUAACGUCUCUUCGACCUGGAAUAGUAACUGGACUAAACACAGACGAGGCCACCAGGGGCCCCUUCGACACACAAUCAUGAACAAACAAAUUAUUAACCACAUGCUCCUACAGUGUCAAACAUAUUUUAUCCUGCCACAUGGACGACUGUAGGUCAAAGAAUCAUAUUUGUAGUUAUUGUUUCUGUUGUCUGUCUGUGAUAUAUACCAUCAGAGUAUAAGAAUCCACAUAUUUGUUCAUGUUUACUGAUAUAUGUUCUGUUCAGAUUUGUGGUACCUUACAAGUAUUUCAGCCUACACUAAACAAAUUAACACAAUAGCCACCACAGCAAGACUAAGGGGAUUUUUUUUUACUUUUUUUCAUACAUUUUUAUAGUGUUUUGUUGUGCAGUUUUCAAAAUGACCCUGCUGUGUUUUGUUGUUUUUAUAUUUGUAAAAAUUAACACAUUAAACAAACUAAA